AUGGAGGUUACAUCUAUCAGUAGCAAUAAUAUCACAACAUCCCACGUCUAUGAUGAUCAAUGGAUGACUGCUCUGAAGGCAAGUAUAAUUAAUAAGGUAGAUAAAUUACCGGAAGAAGCCCUUAAAGGAUUCAUACAUGGCUUAAUUCAAGCUGCUAGAGGCUCUUAUAUGGUUUCAUGGCGUCGAUAUAUAAGAUUUAAAUUAUGUACCAAUAAGAAGCCUAGAGAGAAAAUUGCAUUAGAACUCGAAAAAACAUUCCUUAAAUAUCAAGACGAAUUUCAACAAUUUCUAGAUGCUCAGUGCAAGAAAGGGAAGAGGCUGUGGAUGAUAUUUUCUGUAGUUCCAUCAUCCAAUGAUUCUUUAUCGUUGCCCACGAGGCGAAUAUCGGUUGGUCAUAGCUCAUGUAAAUCUAAAUCAGGAGGCAACAACAAGGAUUUAGUUUCCUCGCCGUCGAAAUAUUCGUUAGCCUCAUCGCUGCAAGAGGAAGGAUUAACCGAAUCGUUUCAAAUGGAUAAAAAUGAAGAUAUUGAAAUGUUCAUUCGCAGAUUUAAUAUGAUUUCACAGUUGCAAGGGUGGCCAAAAGAAGAACGUUUUUUGAGAUUAGAAAAUUCUUUAAUCGGUAAAGCCAAAAGUUUAUAUUGCAAGAUUAGACAAGAGAGUUAUGAUAAUUUCAUCCAGGAAUUAAAACGAGAAUGUAAGCCGGACUUUGAUGAAUGCCGAUCGCGAUUUUUUGUAAGCAAAAACAAUCAAGAAGGAUUUGAAGAAUUUAUUAAACAGGGCAGUGAUACACUUGAGCAUUGGAAGCGUGUUACUGGCAUGUCGACUAAAGAUCUUUUCCUUCUAGAAAAGUUACGAUCUUCUUUAAUGGAUGCUCAAUUUCAAAAUAUACUAGCCUGCAUCAGCAAUAGAAGCUGCCAAACUCGCUGA